UCAGUCAUAUGUGAAGUCUUAUUUUCAGAAAUGUUAAGAUUUGUGAGAAACUGGAAAGCUCUCUUCUUACUGAGUUUACUAUACGUAGGAUGUGGAGAUGCAGUCUGCACAAGUCGCCGAUGUCUGGCUGAAAUGUUGAUCGAAAAAGGCCUUCUAUCACAGCCACAGACUGAGAACUGCACCCAUGUGAUCAAAGUGCCAUUCAUUGAGUACCAGACUCUGGCAGUUGACACAAAGAAUCUGCGCCUCAUCAGUCGUCUGCAAGCCCGCAUUGUACGUUUGCAGAUAUUUACAGAUGGAUACAAAAUAAAUAAAUGUUUUAACCACAUUCAAUUUGAUUUGAAACGACAGGAAUGGUUGGAUCCUGAGUUGAAAUGGAACACUGCAGAUUACGAUUAUAAAGACGUGGUCCUGCCAAUUGAAAAAGUCUGGACCCCAGAGAUCCUUGUAACAAAUGGAAUAGUAUCAACUAUGAAUCACAACUCCAAGGAUCUGCUGGUACUGAGUGAUGGCACACUGAGGCACUCUGUGGUCAUAAACGCAGAGGUGAACUGUGAAGUCAACCUCUUCAACUAUCCAUUCGCUUUUGAUUCUUGUCCAGUCGCCGUACAAUCGUGGUCCGAUACCGGUUGUGGUUCUAAACUGGUAAUAACGAAAGUUCAUAGUCCUGAUGGUAGCCAGGGAGAUUGGCAAACUGAAUCUGUGGAACUUCAGAAUAAAAGUGAUAGCCGUCAAUACAUCCUGGUGAAUUUAAGAAUCAAACCUACCAACCCCUUUGUAACAUUACUGAUGCCCAGUAUUCUGAUCCUCUUGGCUGAUAUGGUCAGCUUCGCUCUGCCGCUGGGAGGUGGUGAACGCAACUGUUUCAAGGUCACGCUGGUGCUCAGCUUCACCGUGUUCCUCAACAUCCUCAACGAUAUACUUCCUGGAGACAGCUCUUGCAGCCCCAUCAUCCGAACCCACUUCUGCAUUUGUCUGGUGCUCCUGGUGUUUAGCAUGCUGGUAUCCCUAGUGCUGACACGCUUGGCCAAAGACGGUAGUCUCAUAUUCUGCUGCGGCUCCAAAGGGACAGUCCCCGACAACACAGAAGUCAAAGCUGAAGUUAGUGUGGUUCAGAUUAGCAGCCCAGAGGAGGAUGGUGGAAUGCUGAAAAGGGUGGUCAACUUCCUGGAGGCUAUUGACGCAGACACACUGAAAAAGGACAGAGAUUUGAAGUUUGCCAACAAUUUGGACAAGAUAUUUUUCUGGUUCUAUUCAAUAGGCGGAACUAUAUACUUUAUUGCCAUGAUAAUUGUUAUGGUACAGUAUAGAUGUGUGGUUAACCAUUUUGAAUUCUGGUAUUAAUAAAAUGCAUGCUGAUACUAUAACAAACAGCUUAACUGAGCGCACAAAGUUCAGGAUAUAAAGGCAACGAUUGAUGCCAAUCUCAGCUUACAUUUAUAAAACUUGUUUAGCUCACAAAGUCAAAUA